AGUUCCGAUUGGAAAACAACGACGAUUGCAGUGCACGAAAUGAAAUCCUUUUGCGGCGGUCUGUUAUUUGCCCUUCUGGUGGGCGGAAGUUUGGCGUUUCCCCAUGGAGGACAUGCCACCAGCUACAGUUCGGUGACCAAACACGAGGGGCCCAUCCACAAGAGCCAUGGCUAUGGCUAUGGAUACGAUCACGAUGUGAUCAGUGCCUACGGAGGCAACUACGGCCAUGGUUACCCCAGUGCAGGCUACUCCGGCUAUGGCUAUGGAUAUGAAAAGCACGAGGUAGAUCACUAUCCCAAAUACCACUUCGAUUAUGGUGUGAAAGAUGCCCACACCGGCGAUCAGAAGAGCCAGUGGGAAACCCGGGAUGGCGACAAGGUCAAGGGCAGCUACUCCCUCAAGGAAUCCGAUGGUACCACUCGAGUGGUGGAGUACACCGCCGACGACCACAAUGGCUUCAAUGCAGUGGUCAAGAAACUGGGUCACGCCCACCACCCACAGGUCUAUCACAAGGGCUACGGACAUGGCGACAUCUAUGGAGCCGACUACGGUUAUGGUCACGAUGUGGUGGCCCACUACGGACAUGGACAUGGACACGGAUACGGAGGACACGCCAGCAGCUAUGUGAGCGUGAAGCAAUUGCACUGAUUCAAGGACCUCUGAGAUGGAUUGCCAGGACGAAACCGAUCUGAAACAAACAGCAUAUUUAACAAUGCAACAAAAUAACCUGACUAAAGCAAGCUUUUUACACGUGUAGUAUUUGUCUUAAUAUCUAUUUUUAUUAAAAUAACUUUUAUAGCCGAAAA